UAUGGACUUUUAUUAAAUCGCAGCUAGAAAUUAGUUAAAUUCCGAUUCUGCUGAUUAUGACAUCAUUAAUAUUGAAUACGCUGGAAAAGAUUGUCCAGAAUAUGAAUUAGACAUUAAGUAAGAUGAAUUUGAAGGGAAUCUUACAAAUUUACCAAAAGAAUAUUUGGAUAAUUACUAACAUUAAUAAGAGAACUUUAUUUAUUAUAAAGUUGAGAUGAAUGAUUCUAUUUAUGGAUUAGAGCUAAAAUUUGAAAUAAGGUAUUUUUAAUAAUUCAUAUUGAUUAGUGCAAUCUAAAUUUUAAGAUUAAACAAUUUAUCUGAAAAUUCUAUAUAUCCAGGAAUGACAUUAAAGAUACCUUUAAAAUCAGAUCUAGGGAAACCUUUAGAACAGAAUUCAAAGAAAUUUGAUUCCUCUAUUUAUCCUGCCCUUUAUAUUACUUAAAUUGGAGCUAUAAAAGGCUAAUUUAUGAUAACAUCAUCCUUUGUGGCAUUUGAGCCUGAAAAAUAUUGUAAAUAAAAUGAUGAAAUAAUACUUAAUGCUUAAAUAAGAGAUAUAGAAAAUUUAUAUCUUUAAAUUCUAUUGAAACAUAUAGUUUUAGUUGAAUAAUAAGAAUUAUCAUAGUUUUUUUAAAAGAAAGUUACUAUAAAUAAAAAUAAUGUAAUCACAAUUAUUGCAUAAACAAAGAAAUAGAAGAUUGUUGUUGUAAAAAUAAUGGAAGAUAAUCGUAUUGAUGAAUUUUUAAAUCUAAUUAAUUAAAAAUUACAAGAUUAUUAUAAAAAUGUAGGAUAAGAAUAUCAAAUUAGUUAAAGUACAACAGAAUAUUAUGAUUAAAAAACAAUUAUUCCAUAUCAUUUUGAAAUGGAUGGAUAAAUGUAAAAUAUAGAGUAACCAAAAUGUAUUUAGAAUUAUUAUUAUUAGAGGUUAUUUGUCGAGAUUCUUAAUAAACAUAAUUAGAAUCCAAAUCAGAAAUUGUAACAAGAGACAAAUUCAUAAGUAUUUCGACCCAUUUACCUUUUCUAUUUAAAGGUUAAAAAUGGCAAUGUAUUUAUUCUUCUAUUUAACAUGGUUCGUCAAUUUUAACUCUAAUGAGAAAAACUGAAAAUAAUUUUCCAUCAAUUAUUCUAAUAAGAGAUUUAGAUAAUUAUUUAUUUGGUGCUUAUUUAUCAGAUGGCAUCAAAAAUAGUUAUGGAAAAUUUUAUGGUAAUGGUGAAUCUUUUCUAUUCACUUUCAAAAACAGUUAAGAUAUUAAAGUUUAUAAAUGGACUCAUAUAAAUAAUUAUAUUACAUUAUGUGAUACUGAUGGAUUAGCUGUAGGUUGUGGAGAUAAAUAUGGAUUAUUUAUCAAUUCAGAUUUAUCUAAUGGAUAUAGCUGUCAUUGUGAAACAUUUGAUAACGAUGUUCUGUCAAAAAAUAACAAAUUUGUUAUAGAGAGAUUAGAAAUUUGGAGCAUAAGUUAUAAUUGA